AUGGAACUAUCGCACAGCUUAACGCUUAACGAGGAUGCUCUCGCCCAGAUACCGGAACAGAAACGUCCGGUGUUUAUCUUCGAGUGGUUGCGCUUCCUCGAUAAGGUGCUGGUGGCGGCCCAAAAGUCCGACAUUAAGGGUUGCCAGAAGAAGCUGGUAGAGCAGCUGACGCAGCACAUUCAGGGUUCGCCUGGGCCGCCAACACGUAAACUGAUCGCCAGAUGCCUGGCCACGCUCUUCUCUGUCGGUGACACGUUUCUGCUGUUCGAAACGGUUAACAAGUGCAACGACAUCCUAAAGAACAAGGACGAUUCGCCCAGCUACCUACCGACGCGACUGGCCGCGAUCUGCGUCGUCGGUUGUAUGUACGAGAAGCUGGGCCGCAUGAUGGGCCGUUCGUACGAGGAAACGGUCCAGAUACUGCUCAAGUCGCUAAAGAAUGCCGAAUCUCAGUCCCGUAUUGAGAUUAUGAUCACGUUGGAGAAAGUUUGUGCCGGCAUGGGUUCGGCCAUCGUGAACGUGCAUAAGGACAUCUACAAAGCGGUGCGCUACUGCUUGACCGAUCGAGUGAUGGCCGUCAGAGUGGCCGCUUCAAACUGUUUGCUGGAGAUGACGAAACAUGCCCCAUUCCUGUACACGAGCGAGUUGGAAAGUUUGGCGUCUCUGUGUUUCCGGGCGUUCGACAGUUGCAACUACGAGGUUCGGUGCGCCGUGGCGAAGCUACUGGGGACGUUGAUUGCCUGCACACAGAACGGAAGUUUGCGCAAUUUUAGCAGCAUGACCGCUUCGGCGUCGAGUACGAAAUCCUUGCGACCGGUCUCGCUGGAUGAAGCGCUUGGUGUGCUAAUGUCCGGCUUUUUGCGUGGCGGUGUAUCGUUCCUAAAAGGAACGGGAGAGAUUAUUAAAGGCAGUUCGGGAGUAAACCGUGAGGUGCGCGUCGGCGUAACGCACGCGUAUGUCGUGUUUGUGCAGACAAUGGGAGGGUUGUGGUUGGAGCGCAAUCUGCAACCGUUUCUGGUGCACGUGCUUGACCUGGUAGCGAACCCGAAGGCGGCCUCUUCGCACGUGGAUGCGGUUUACUCGCGCAAAUGUAUCAACUUUAUCCUGCGCUCGGUAAUCGGCAAGAUGCUGGGCGAGAAAGCACAAUCGUCCGCCUGCAAAGAGCUGAUCCAUCUGAUCGCGAAGCAGAUGAACUCGAUCGACUUCAACCCGGAGAACGCUAAAGAUUCUAAUCAGGAGACGCUCUUCAGUCAGCAUCUGCUCGUGUGCGCGCUGCAAGAACUUGGCAGCUUGGUGCUACUGUUAGGCACCACAGCCCAGAAUUUGCUUGCCGAUCAUUCGCUCAACUUUAUUGACGCCAUCUGUGCCGUCCUCAUACACCCGUGUAUGGCAGCACGAUUGGCGGCUGCAUGGUGUUUGCGGUGUGUUUGCGUGGCCGUCCCAAGUCAAAUUACGCCACUAAUCGAUCGGUUCAUCGAAGCGAUAGAGAAGAUGCGCACAUCGCCGGAUGCCAUUUCCGGGUACAGCGGCGCUCUGGCGGCAGUACUUGGCGGAGUGCGCCAUUCACCGCUGGGGAUACCGCAUACCCGGGGAAAGGUCAUCUUCAACACGGCGGAGGAACUGCUGCGAACAGCGAGUCAAAAUAGUCGGCUGUCGUUGAAUCGGACACAGGCCGGAUGGCUGCUAAUUGGUGCAAUAAUGACGCUCGGAGUACCGGUGGUGAAGGGUUUACUGCCGAGGAUGUUGCUACUGUGGCGCAACGCUUUUCCUCGCUCGACCAAGGAACUUGAAUCGGAGAAGGCACGCGGUGAUGCGUUUACGUGGCAGGUUACGCUGGAGGGUCGAGCCGGUGCCUUGUCUGUGAUGCACAGUUUUUUGCUUCACUGCCCCGAACUGGUAACCGACGACAUAACGCGGCGUCUGUUAACACCUAUCGAAAGCGCUCUUGCGAUGCUUAUCAACAUAACGUCGGUGUUAAAAAAUUACGGCCAACAUUUGAAGGCUCCGACGGCAAUGGUACGCUUGCGGUUGUACGAAACUCUUGCCCUGCUGCCGGCAAACGCCCUCGAAUCGUCCUAUACCCAUCUGUUGCGCAUGUUGGUGUCAGAGUUUACCCUAACGGAGAAUCCGGCCAAUACUACCACUUCGUUCCUCCGCCAGAUGUGCCACGGUAAUGAUUCGAUCAUUCUGGGAACCUGGCUGCAGGACACCGAUCAUCGCACGAUCGAAGAUCAGAUGGAACCGAACCGUAAGGCGGACGGUGACUACUUGCAACCCAACAGUGCGGCCGGUUCCGGAGCACUUGAGCACGAUGCUUGCUGCCUGUACCGUGCGAUAGCGGCAACUGAACAGUGUCCGGGUCCACUACCGCUAGGGGUGGCCGUCAUCGAUAUGUCUGUGACGUUGUUCGGGUUGAUCUUCCCCAAGGUGGCCAACAAGCACCGACUGCAGAUGCUGGAACACUUCGGGGAGUGCAUUAAGCACGCGAAAAGCUCUCGGCAGGAGGCGGUACAAAUGAACAUCUUCACAGCGCUGCUGAGCGGUCUGAAGGGAUUGACCGAAACGAAGGCAGCCAUCGGGCAGGACGAUGUUCGCAAGAGUGCCACGAACCUCAUAAUUGGUGCGCUGACGAGUUCGAAUCCGAUCUUGCGUUGUGCGGCGGGCGAAGCACUUGGUCGGAUCGCGCAGGUGGUCGGCGAUUCACGAAUCACGGCCGAGCUGGCACAGACCAGUUUCGAUCGGUUGAAAUCAGCCCGCGAUGUUGUUACACGAACCGGUCACUCGUUGGCGCUCGGCUGCUUGCAUCGUUACGUUGGUGGCAUGGGCUCGUCGCAGCAUCUGAACACGAGCGUGUCUAUUUUACUCGCACUGGCCCAGGAUGGCAGUUCGCCCGUGGUGCAGGUGUGGUCACUGUACGCCCUUUCACUGAUUGCCGACUCCGGUGGGCCAAUGUUCCGCGGUUACGUAGAACCGUCCCUUUCGCUGGCGCUGAAGCUCCUGCUGACAGUUCCUCAGUCGUAUGUGGACGUCCAUCAGUGCAUUGGGCGCGUGCUGAGUGCACUGAUCACCACGAUCGGUCCCGAACUGCAGGGCAACUCGACGUCCGUCUGUACUGCCCGUUCCUCGUUUCUCUGUGCUGCCGCAAUCAUGCAAGCGCACUCGGAUCCGUUGGUGCAAGCGGAGGCUACGGGAUGUCUCCAGCAAUUGCAUCUAUUCGCACCGCGUCACGUCAACCUAUCCACACUCGUUCCUAACCUGUGCCAGAAUUUGAGCAGUAACUAUCUGAUGCUCCGGAAGGCGGCCGUUUCCUGUCUGCGCCAGUUAACGACGCGCGAAGCGAAGGAAGUUUGCGAGCAUGCGGCCAAUCUGGUGAGCGACGAGGACCGGUACGCCCUAUCCGAUUACGGCCUGCCGGGUGUACUGUUCGGCAUGUUGGACACUGAGAGCGACAGUGAGAUGAUUCGUAACAUUCACGACACGAUCACCUCGAUGCUGCAGAUCCUGGCGGCCGACAAUCUGUCCCAGUGGUUGAGUAUGUGCAAGAACGUGCUAACUGUCGCGUCCGACUCGUCGGCACCAGGGGAAGCUGUGGUCGGUGCCGCGGCGGGUGCUUCUGGCGAAGGUGCCGAUCACGAUGACGACGACGAUGAUGACGAUGACGAUGAUGACAAUAUUGAGUUUCACGCAGAAGAUCAUCAAGCGACUCAUCCGGCCGUACAGCCACGCUGGCCGACCCGAGUGUUUGCGGCCGAGUGCGUGAGGAAGGUGAUCGCCAGCUGUGAGAGUGCCGGCGCGAAUCACUUCGAUCUGGUGAGUGCCAAGGAGCAGCAGAUGACGAAAUCACGGGGCGAUUUCCUCGUGCUGCACCUUUCCGAUCUGAUCCGAAUGGCGUUUAUGGCGGCGACCAGCGACUCCGACCAGUUGCGGUUGGAGGGUCUUAAGACGCUCCAGGAAGUGAUCGAUAAGUUCGCACACGUCCCGGAGCCCGAGUUUCCGGGCCACUUACUGUUGGAGCAGUUUCAAGCACAGGUUGGUGCAGCUCUGCGCCCUGCCUUCUCACAGGACACCCCUUCGCACGUGACGGCGGCCGCGUGUGAGGUGUGCAGCGCGUGGAUUGGUUCCGGAGUGGCACGCGAUCUGAACGAUUUGCGGCGCGUUCACCAGCUGCUCGUGUCGAAUCUGAGCAAAUUGAACAGCCGCACCAACAGUACGCAAUUGUACAACGAAAGCAUGGCCACGCUCGAGAAGCUGAGCAUCCUGAAGGCCUGGGGCCAGGUGUACAUUAUGGCAAUGAUCGGCCAUGGCGAAGCGCCAGCUAGUCAGAUGCUCAAGACGCUCUCGAAUUCAAUCGGCUUACGUUCGACGACGAAUUUGGAGAUUGAAAGUCGGGGAGAAAGCUUGCUGUCGCUCGUGCAACCGGAGCUUGAAAAUCUGUCCAAGCAUUGGCUGGCCGCUUUGAAGGACUAUGCGUUGCUGUCGCUGCCGGCUGAGUAUGCUAGUCAGUUGCCGCACGACGGUGGAGCAUUCUACACGAACGACACAAUGAACUUGUCGAAGCCGCACUACCUGAUUUCCUGGCCCGCGAUUCUGUAUGCGGCCGCCCUCUGGCUGAAGGCCGAAGGUUUUACGCAAGGCGAACAGAAACUGUCUGCGGAGCAGGCGGACGAUAGGGCCAACGCCAACGAGAUAUCGCACGGUAGCCUGAGUGCGGAUCGGUUCCACCUGAUCUUUGGCAUUUGUAUGGAGGCGCUGUGUAGUACCCGAACGAACGAGAAGCUCGACUGUGUGAUCGCCUGUCUGCAGUCGCUGUACACGAUCUUCGACUCGACCUGGUCGCGGUCCGUGCUGAUGCGCAACGAGACGCUUCCCGUGGAACUGUGCAACGUGCUGCAUCGCCUCAUACUAACGCGCGACAGUGCCGAAGUGCAGUUUCUGUGCAUAGCGAUCCUCAAGCAGACGAUCACGGCCGCCAACGAAUGUUUGGACCGGGGAAAGCAGGAAGCCAGAACAACCGCCAAUGGUGGCGCGGACGAUGACACAGGAAGUGAAAAUGGAGGAGAAGAGGGCGAGAUACUGCCAGGGAAAUCGUUGGUCUAUGCCGUGCUGGAAGUGGUGCUGUGCCUGUUGGCACGUCAAAUUCCGGCCAUGAAUCCAUCGCAAAGUACGCGUGUGGCAAACGAGCAGUUGCAGCUCAAAAUGGCCCAAGCCCAGCACGGCCUGAUCAAGCUGAGCGAUGACAGUAGUCUGCUGGUAGCCAACGCUCUGCAAAGCUUGAACGAGCUCACGAAGCUCUGUUCACCGCUCGGUGCGCUCUCGAUCCUGCCGACGGUCCUGUACCUAACGACUGGUGUCAUCAAGGAAGUGGCCUCAAAGUCGGUCCACGAUGAGUCAAUUAUUGCCGGCACGACGGUGGUGCAAGCGGCGCUACAGCUGCUGAAAACGAUGGCCACUGAUCGGUACGCGCAACACGCACAAUCUGCUGACGAGUGGCGCAAGCUGCUACAGAGCGCACUCGGUCGUAUCAUCGAUCUCACUAAGACAGGGUGCGAGGAGACGAAACUGGACGAAGUGACGGUGAUGCUGGCGAUCGCCGUCUUCCUGCUACACUCACCCGCAGCCGUCGUUUCGGUCCCGAAUUUGCAGUAUCCGUGCAUCAACCACUUCCGCCAGUGCUUCCAAAGUGGCUUGCCGGCGGUGCGGCUAAAGUGCAUUCAAACGAUACGAUCACUCUUUGCCAACUGCGAACUGAAGGUGUCCACACCGUACAUUCAUGCCCUGGCCCCACGCCUGAUCGAGCAGCUUUACUCGGAGCAGAGCCGCAAUCCGACCAACGAGCACGAACUGGCGCUGGUGCUGGAGGGCAUCACAACUGUCGAAACGCUGAUCGCGCUUGCUGAACCACAGAACCGUAAGUAUGCCCAUCGUCUCUCGUUAAUGCAAGGGAUACAAAUGCUGACGCUGUUGGUACCGAUCCUCAUCAACUAUCUGGACGAUUCGGACAAGCUGCAGAGCGUUCAGCAGCAACAGCGUACCAAAUCGAAGUACGUGACCGCUUUGAACGAUCACGCCAUCCAGUGGCUGAUGAAGAUCGGCCCAAAGUAUCCGCAAGAGUUCAAAACGCUCAUGGCGCAGGCACCGGAACUACGUCGAAAACUCGAGGCCGCAAUCAAGCGCAAUCAGUUGAAUGCGUCGCUACAAAAGAGCAAGAGUGAGGCAGCGAAUGCGGCUGCCCGCAACAGUGCCGCCCAGCAGCAGAAGCCUACGAUACAACUGAAAACGGAUUUCAGUAACUUCAACCUUGCCUCCUAGGGCGUGUUCGUGCUCUCUUCCUCUCUUUCUCUCUCUUUCUUACCCUUCGAGUCCCUAUAUUCGCUGUGCAUUAGGACAUUGUAUUAUUUAUGUAACCAUACUCCACAACACGUUUCCGCACGGGUUUCACCCAAGCGGACAACCGCGCAUUGAUGUUAGAGAUCAUCCGACUCUCGGGUGCACUUCCUUCCUAAAUGAAUUUCCUUCCCCUCCAA